AUGCCAUUCCCUCUCCUUAAGCUUCUCUUCCUCCUGGUCUCUCUCGCCGUCCUUUUACUCGUCCUCCUCUACGUCUCCCUAUCUGUGAAUUUUCCAUUAUCGGCGAGCCCUUCCUUCUUCCCGACUUCAGCAAUAAUAUCCCUGGCGGAGGAUAAUUCGACAUUUUUCUUAUCAAAACCAGCGGCUUUUGGACCACUACUGCCAAAGAAGGGGUUGACUGGAGAGUUGCUAGUCUUGCCGGACUCCGAGCUAGCGUGUGACGAUGCUUCUCGGGAUGGGUUUACAUGGCGAGACGAGAAAGAUAUUCUGAUUGGAAAGGAGAUUGAUGAAAAAACCGAUGAUCACAUUGGAGUCAAGCGUGUCAAGGUACAUGCUGACCUCGAGACGCUACAGGAGAGCGCUGAGAUCAGUGGCAAGAUAGUGCUGGUUGUUAGAGGAGGCUGUGGAUUUUACGAUAAAGUACUAUGGAGUCAGAGGAGAGGUGCAAUAGCUGUCAUUGUCGGGGAUAAUGAAGCUCAUCGGCCUCUGCUAACCAUGUACGCGAAAGGGGAUACAUCUAAUAUCUCUAUCCCCGCAAUAUUCACAUCAUAUACCACAGCUCACCUUCUUACAUCUCUAUUGCCAAAACAACCACCAAAAUUAUCAAGUAGCAGUUCGUAUCGACAAAGGCCUGUAUAUUCUCCAGUUUCCACACCCAAGCCAGAACGGGGAGGAUUGUCAUCCUACUUCAAUAGAUACAAGCCAGAAGAUCGAUCGUCUCGGGAUUACACACCAUACACUGUAGAGGAAACUGAAUCAAUAAUUGAAAGCCCAGAACUCGACGAUCCCGAGCAGAUAUACGAUGAAAUUACUCCGCCCGAGAAGCCAGCAGGUGGUGAGAAUACUCCCCUCGGGCCACACGAUGAGCAAGGUAAUAGUGUCACUGAUGGGUCUGUGGCCUUAGAAGGGUUUGGUUGGCUUGGGCAGAACGAUGGUGAACCAGGCGGGGAACCCGACAAACCGGACAUGUCUCACGGACUAUGGAUCACAUUAACACCGACAAGACUCAGUAGUUCUCCGUUUGUCGAUACAUUGCUUGUGCUAGUCGUUAGCCCUGUGAUCACACUGACAGUUGUUUAUACAAUGCUGUUGCUGCGGUCUCGGUACAGGCGGCGAAGAUGGAGGGCACCGAAGAGCAUUGUUGAUCAACUUCCCGUGCAUACAUAUCAACCACCAUCGGACCCACCAUCUCCAUCUGCCCCGCAGAAUAUUCCUUCUUCGCCGGAAAUUAAUAAGCCACAAAAUAGCGAAAAACUUACGCCCGGAUCACUGGUGGUUUCGUCAUUCCCAGAUACAAACCAAGCUUCUACCGCCUCUAGUUCUCACUUCCCACAACUAUCUCGAGUUUCUUCAGCCCCGCCGCCAACGAUCGCUGGCUCCCCGAGCGCAAAGCAAAAAGCAAAGUCACCAUAUUCACGACGGAAUAUGCGAAUCCUGCCUGGGUUCAAAUACUUCCCACCAUCCCCGGAAUGUGUCGUGUGCUUGGAAGAAUAUGUAGAAGGUGUAAGCCAGGUCAUGAGGUUGCCUUGUGGUCACGAAUUUCAUGUAAACUGCAUCACACCUUGGUUAACGACCCGAAGACGAACCUGCCCUGUCUGCAAAUGCGAUGUUGUCAAGGCGCUGGGUGGUGGUAACGGGUAUAGUACUACCAAUGGUGGCGAUGAGGAGAAUCAGGCGGAGGAGAGCGAUAGGCCAAUUGGUGGAGUGGAAGGAAGAGGGGGCAGAGGAGCAGAUCUUUGGUGGAGAACACUGCUAAGGGCUUUUGGAGUGGAUAUCAAUAGGCCUGAUGGUGACGUUGGCGAAACAACGCCAUUAAUUCAUGAUGAGGAUGAGAGGAGGAGGGAUUGA